AUGAAGAUAAAAGUGACUACAAAAGACUGGUGCUUUCGGCAUCUAUUGAAGAGAUAAGUUGAGAAGGAAUUCAGAAACGAAUUUCCUAAAGACCCUGUUUACUACAUUAAAAAUCUGUGUCUCACAUCAGGAUAUGUACUACCUAAUUCUUCUAAAGUAGGAGAAGUGCUAAAGAACGGUGAGAGUCUAAUUGCUUACCCAGAAAAAGAAAAACUAUAUCAUCAUACUUGUGAUUAAUUUUGCUCAUGUGAAUUUAAGACACCUGCUACUGAUCUACUAAACCAGCUAUAAGAUUAAUAAAGGCAACUUGCUUCAAAGUUAACAGAUGCUUCUAUUUAGAGAUAUGAUGAUAAAUUAGAAUUAAUUAAGAAUACAUUGAGCAUGGGCAUGAGUCAAGACUCAAGAGUAGUGCAAAAUUUAGCAUUAACAUUGAAUAAGAUAAUCACUGGGGCACUUGCAAUAGAAUUUGAUAAGGAAGAAAACAAAAAUACUCUUAAUCACUUAGUCCUUGUACUCUAAUACUGGGUCACUGAUAUGAUUGAUAAAGACUAGCUUAUUCUCAUUAAUACGAUGUAAAUCCUGGACAUUCUCAGCAGAUCUUGGACAUUUACUUCCACUUUCAAGCAGCAAAGAGAAGCAAUGGAGAAAAUGUAAAAAAUGGCAUAAGACCCAUAACUUGCUCCCUCUGAGAGGAAUCAAAUAUUUAGAGUUGUUUCAACUAUUUCAUCAACUAUAGAUAUAAAAACAGUGCCUGACUGGCGAGCUGUGGAUGAUAUAUGCGAACCGGAUGGUACAAUAAUUUCUAAGUCUAAUUUGUAUAAGCAUCCUCUGCAUCAUAAAUAACUAGAAAGAGGUAUCAGACCUAUCUAUGCAUAGACUCCAAAUGCAGCAAACUCAAGAUCAAAGAAAUUUAGAGAUCCCAAAAAAUAGCUAAGAUUUGAAGAAGUUGAUCCUGAUUUCAGGAAGUUGUAUUCAUCUGAGAAUCCCUAACAAACUAGACUGCUUAAAGGCUCUCAAUCUUCAAAAUUGCUCUCUGGUGUGAGAACUAAUCAGCUUUAACAUUCUGGGGCAAUGCAAUUUUAAUCAGUUCAUAGCCAUCCACAUCAGAUGCAUGAACCUUGCUAUUUUGAUUAAUAAGAGAAGUAUGAUAAGAAUAAGUAUGGAGGACAAUCAUAUAAGAAUUAAAACCUAGAAAUGGAUAGAACUGGCUCUUAUCUGAUUAACCCUUACAAAGUCACAUUCUUCAAAGAUUAAUAUCCCUCACUUGAAAAGCUGCCUCCAAUCUAGAUGGUUUACAGCGGAGAUUUAUUGAAGGAUUACUGCACAAUGCUAAAUCCAGAAAUUAAUUAAAGAGAUAUCGUUGUCUUUGCUUUGCAUUCUAUUGACAAUAUGGGAUAAUGUAAAUUUUUACCUUUUAUGUUUUUAGAGGCAAUAAGAGACAUAAUGAGUGACAAAUAUCUAUUUUUGCUAGCAUUCUUACUGUUUGAAUAUCAUAAUUUUCCAACUGAUAUAUCUUCAUCUCAAUUCAGAGUAGCUGAAAGACUAGUCGAGAGUUUAACAAAGGCUAGAGCCACAGAUAUUCUUGAGAAUAACGGCAUAAAUAGACUUCUUAAGAACUUCAAAUUUUAAAACUCAAACAUGAAGAAGCUGAUAACAGACUUGAUUUAUAAAGUUCUAACUUAUACCAAGGAGUACAUCGAUAUUCCUCAUCUAAUUAACUUAACACUUUUCCCAAAUUAAGAAAUUAAGAAUGCAGGCAUAAAAACUAUUUGCGAAAUAUCAGAUCCAGCUGAUCUGGAUGGAAAGUUAAAGAAAUAAUCAUAGGAUAGAAUAGAUGUAACUUUUCAUGUGCAUAUUCCCUAUAUGAUCCAAAUAUGUUAGAAUAAAAGCAACCCAUAAGUUUUCAGAAAUUAUGCAAUGUAGAUCAUAGUUAAUCUUUCGAAUAGAGAAUACCUUAAAUCAUAUAUAACCUUUAAUAAGGGACUAGAAUUAUUUGUGGAUUACAUAAAGGAUACAUCAAACUUGGGUGGAAUGAGGAUAGCGACUAAGGGAUUGACUUAAUUAGCCCUUGGUGAUACUGAAAUGAAGGUUAAGAUCAUGCAGACACUGAGAAGAGAAAUCAAAGAUACAUGGGAUGGAGUCUAGGACCCAGUUGUAGGCGCCUACCUAAAGAAAAUGCUUAAAGAAGGGAUCAAUUUUGAUACCUGA